AUGAUCACGGAAUCAAAGUAUUUCGAAAUGAAAAGUAGAAUCCCUGAAGUCAAGGGUCUUUUCCAAACUCGUCAUUACAUUCAAUGCACCAAUCUCUGUGAGCGCCUCCUGACUCGGUCCGAUGAGGAAAUUCACCCAAUUCACCGAGCCUACCUCAACUUCUACCUUGCAUUGUCCCAUGAUACCAUGGCCCGGGAAACAAGCAGCAGAAACCGCCUGCCUGAGUUAGACUUAGCUGAGAAAUACUAUGUUGCCGCCCUCGCUGCACUCUCUCCUGCUCGACCUCAGAAGUUGGAAAACAUUCAAGAGUCCCUGUCACCGACUUUUAGCCAUUCCGAGGAUGAGUCCGUAAACUCAGAGCACUCCUCAUCCACGGUAGCAACCUCAAUUCUCGAUGAUAGCGAUUCCUCAGACUUCGAACCAACUCCCAGGACGUCUAACUACCAUGUCCGCUCCCGACUCUCCCGAGGCAAUCUUGACGAUUUCCCGGCUUCGAAGCUCGGAAGAAAAAGACCAGGGCUGAUCAUCACUUCGCCAACGCAGUCCUCUUCAGUGCAAUCUAGGCAUGAAAAACAGUACACUACUGUCUUCUCCUCCUUUGCUAAAAUGGUGGAGACCCAUCUCUCUAGCGUGCGCAACCUCAGAGACGCUCCUGUUCCCCAAUCCAACCGAUUCUCGGGCUCACGUUCGAGAGGAUCUAGCUUCAACUCCAGACCCGCAAGCAGAGAUAUCAUUCCCGAUGAUGCCGCGAUGGAGAAGAUCCGCUGGGGUCGGAAAAGUAUGAGCUUCCGACCGCGUUUUGACCCUGAAAGCGUCCAAGCGCUUUGUAGAGAUGCACUCUCGGAGCUGUGAGAGAUGGGGUGGAUGGUUAUGAAUGACGGUAUGAUGCGACCCGUACGAGCGGCGGGUGCGGCGACGCCGGGGACGCGACCGAACUGCACGACGUCUUUACUAGUCGCGG